AUGAAUAGUGGUGUAUUCAAACGUGUACUGCGGCAUUUUCUGUCGUAUAGUAUAAAUAAAUGUGAUCUUAAUACGAUGGUAGGAAAUGUUAAUUUCUUUUUGAGGGCGUUGACAGUUAAUAUUGAUAAGAGAAAUACUAAACCGAUAUCUGUUAUAUUCUAUAUCCUAACAAUAAUUGGUCUAAUCUGUUAUUACUACGUGUAUGUGGUAUCUGUGGUUUGGUAUGUGUUCGUCCAUUAUCCGGCGACGGGCGAUUUUAUCGGCACAAUUAUAAUGUUCUCAAUAGGAGCUUUUACUGAAACUUGUCCUAUUAAAUUAUUAUUUAUGAUUAUACACCGAAAAUUAAUAGCAAAGGUCGUAGAACGGUAUCUUCGGUGUGACGCCCAAAUUGAUCCUGGAAGCCGGCUUCAUCAGAACAUUCAAAGCCACCUGCGGACUGUCAAGAAGCGUGGCACCACAAUAUGGCUGACGUUGGUCAUAAUUGCUGAAAUUCACUGUUUCACACCCUUUUUCUUACCUGGACGGCACUUUCCCGAUGAUAAUUAUAUCCUCUAUGGUUUAGAGCCAAUGAUAGAAUCGCCGAACUACGAAAUCGCAACAGUAAUAAUAACCAUCACAAUAUCAAGUGCCACCUACUACGUUGCUAACUGUACCGCGUUCAUGGUAAUGCUAUUAGGUUACACCGAAGCGCAAAUACUGUCACUUAGCGAAGAGCUACUGAACGUAUGGAAUGACGCCGAAAAAGAAACGGAACAUAUCGACAUUGAAUCAAGAUCCAGCGCUUUAAACAGCUUCAUAUCCGAACGACUGACAUUCAUUAUAAAACUUCAUAACGAAAAUAUAACCUUGCUAAAACGAAUCGAGGGCGUUCUCCGUGUUAGUAUGGCGUUAGAGUUUCUAUUCCUUAUGGCCGGGUUAAUCGCAGCCUUGCUCGGCGGUAUAAAGCACACGUACUUGGAAAUACCGUUUGCAUUCGCCCAAAUCUUUAUGAACUGUUAUUUGGGACAGAAAAUCAUAAAUGCGAGCGAGACGUUUGAGAGUGCGGUGUACGAUUGCAAAUGGGAGUUGUUCGAUAAAACCAAUAUGAGAACCGUUUUGAUAGUGCUGCAGAAUUCACAAAAAACACUAAAUCUGUCGGCCGGCGGAGUGGCCAUUUUGAGUUUUCAAUGUCUGAUGUCAGUUAUUCAAUCUUCUUAUUCGUUCUACACAACCUUACAAUCUACUCUUAAAUAUUAA